GGUAGGUUAGAAAAACGGAAAACGGACGGCAGUAGGAUUUGGAUGGUUGUACCGCAUCCGUUCAUGAGCGCCAGCAGUAGCAGCAGGAAAAGGAGGAGAGGAGUAGGAGGAGGAGGAGGAGCAGGAGGAGCAGGAGGAGCAGGAAGAGCAGGAAGAGCAGGAGGAGGAGGAGGAGGAGGAGGAGGAGGAGGAGGAGGAGGAGAGGGAGGAGAAGGAAGAGGAGGUGCCAUGGAGGAGUCGAAGACUGUGGCUUGGGAAUGGGAAUUGCUUGGUCAUAUCUAAUCUAAUAAUAUAAUGGUCUUAUAAUCUGAUAAAAUGAUAUGUAGCCAAUGAAAUUGACUGGUUAUG